AUGCCACGGAAUCAUUUCAUCUGUAACAUGGUAAAAGCGACGGCUGUACUCGAUCGUGGAAUCGGUGUUCCUUGUUCACAUAAUUGUAGUCAAAGCUACUCGGUCGCUCGUUGCGUCACCUGUGAAAAAUUCCUGUGCCGAGAAUGUCUGACAGAUCAUAACAAAUAUCGAGCCAACGACGGUCAUUCUGUUCUGACGAUGGAAGAGUUAUCGAAGCCUGAAAAUCGCAAGAAAAUCAAGGACAAAAUGUAUUGCAAUGAACAUUCGGGCAUGGAUUUGAAAGUUUAUUGCGAAACCUGCGACCAACUGAUUUGUAGGGACUGCAUGGAUUUUAAACACGUCAAGCAAGGUCAUUCGUGUGUUCUCGUCAAGGAUGUCGCGAGCAACUAUAAGGAACUUCUUGCUUCAAAUAACAAAGCAAUGGAGGACGCUUUAACUGAAAGCAAUACAUUUCUUAAAAGAUUAACACUCAUGACAGCACAACUUGAUCGCGAUGCUGAAAAUAUCAAAACUAAAAUUGCGCAAAGAAGAGAAUUUGUGGCGAAGAAAGUCAUUGAAAUGUUGGAUCAAAAAGCUGAAAGUCUUUGUAAAAAAGUAGAUGAAAUUCACAAAGGCAAACGAGCUAAUUUGGACAGACAGGCACAAUUAAGAAACAAAGUUGUACGUAGAGAACAUAAAAACAUCUCUUCAACUUUCGAAAAAGUUGGUCGACCAAGGCUCAGAAGAAGAAAUCAUUUCCUCUCAGAAAAUGAUGCUGGAUAACGCCAAUUCUCUCCUAAAAAAACGCGAAAAGUAUUUCAAAGCACCUAUACCCGUUGCAAAUUUGAGCUACACUACAGCUUGUGCCGGCAAGGAGCCAAUAAACGAACAGAUCUUGACCAGGCUGGCAAACGGUUUAGGAGAUGUCAAUGCAGGCAAGAAGGAUACAGGUAAGGAACCAGUUACUAAAUGAUGAGUCUCUUACACAGGUACACCAACAUAAUGACCCACUGGAAAGACUGCCAUUGCAUGAGUGAUCUCUAAAUUGUUUGUUUGACUUUUAGGAGCUUAACUUGUAAUGUCAGAUGCAAAACAAGCUUUAUUCUCUUAAUUAUAUGUCCGACAGCCGUAGGUGAUACGCUCAAGAUUGGUGAAGCAGAACUGAAUGUCGAACAGAGGAACUCUCAGACAGUAAGUGUAUGGUUUAUAAUGUAUGCAAGGUAGCAAAAAUGUUCACUGAGUUCGACUCCGCUAAUCCUUGGUUUUCUGUGCAGACUGUACUCCUGUAGUAAUAUUGUCUCAUAAGGGAUGAAUUUUACACGACCUCUUGCAUGGGAGAACAGUUUGAAAAUGAUAUGACUGAUGAUAUAUACUUAACAAUUAUACCAUGAGCUCGAGUGGUAAUGAGCUGAUAGUAUAAUUGAAUACUCUAUUAGUAUAGAAAGUAUAAUAGAGAGCGAAUAAUUCAACCAGUCAGAUUGCAGAAUAGCCCAUACGGUGGAUGACCGUAUUACUAACUAUACAUAUAUACAUGAAAACAUUUCUCAAUUCUGAUUGGCUAAGAACUGUGUAAUUUUUUCGAAAUACAGUACCUAAAGAUGAAAAUAAUACAGUGCAAAUUUUAUUGACUAUAAGAUACAGCCAUUUCUGGGUUUGUGUUAUUUGCCUCAGCCUUCGAAACAUAACACAAACCUUGGUCUUAAUAAUUCCUCAUAUCCUACUCGACCUCAUGCAAUAAUUGUUUAAUAUACGACUCGAGCUCAUGGUAUAAUUGUUAAAUACAUCAAAAUGAUAUACCUAAUAAAUUUAAACUAACUAAUUUUUCUUCUGUUGUAACAUAGUUAUAUUAAGAAAUUGCCCUUAAUUGAUCUCUAGGAAGAUCAGAGCUGUGACCAAUCAAGUGUCCAACUAAGAGCAACUGAUCAAUCGGCGCGUGUACUAACUAGACCAUCCGACCAAUCGGCGCAAAGUAAAGAACCGGACGAAUCGUUUUCUAUCAGUUCGCUGUUUAUUCGCUUCAUCAUUGCAUAUCAUUAUGAAGAGUAUCAGAAGCUUGAAAAUGUUUCUCAAGAAAUCAGUUUUGAAGUUUCUGAGUCGAAAACUGACAGGAAUUUGAAAUUUUUUGCCCGCCAGGAUGUGAACGGAGAUAUAUUUUCCAAAACUGUGGAUGAGUUUAUUCGCUUUUAUCAAAAUCAAAACCAAAAAAUGCACCAAGAGGUUAUCCCAAUGUUGCCAAAGAAGAGAAAUGAUGUUAUUUUGGAGGCUCGUGCCAAGUUUUCCGUGGUAAUCGAUUCAGCGCAAGACCCGGAUAAAAUAACGAUCUAUGGUGAGAAAGAUAACGUUCAAGGGGCAUUAAAGUUCUUGAGAAACAAAGUUGGUGAUUUGACAACCAGUACACCAAGUAAUUCUUCCGAAUUCAAAGGGGGACGUUCUUCCAAAGGGGCGACAGGGUCAAGUUCUUCCAAAGGGGCAGCAGCAGGUUCACCCAACCCCACAAGUACAACAGGAGAAAAAAUUCUUAUUGAAAAGCUUUCUUGUGUUUUAUUCCAAGAUAUAAAAGUUUUUGUCUACCAAGGAAAUAUUACUAAAGAAACGGUCGAUGUUAUCGUGAAUCCAGCAAACGAACAUCUCAACCAUAGCGCAGGGGCAGCGGAAGCAAUUGUAAAAGCUGGAGGGAAAUCAAUUCAAGAUGAAAGUGACGCAAUUAUGAGGAAACGCCGUUACGUUCUAAAUCCCGGAGAAGUCGUACUGACAAAAGCUGGAAACCUUCGUUGUAACUUUAUCAUUCACGUAGUCGGUCCAAGAUGGGCUCAUUAUCAGUAUUAUGAAAAGGAUACAGCGAAGAAUGUGUUGUUCAGCGCAGUUAUCAACUGUUUGACAAAUGCAAGUCAUUAUGAUGCUAAAAGUAUCUCUAUCCCUGCUAUAGGUUCUGGCAUAUUUGGUGUUCCUGUCCAGAUCUGUGCCGAAAUUCUAUUUAUAGCGGCGAUAAAUUUUGUGAAGAACGCAGCUAAAUCCAAUUCUUUGAAAGAAAUUCGCUUUGUUAACAUCGAUAAACCAACUUCACAAGUGUUCGCACAAGAAAUGAAGAAACGGUUUGGUGCUUCAAUUCAUCGGGAAAAUGUUGAAUUAUUUCAUUCCAACAACGUCGGUGGAAACGAAAAAGCAACCCAGCAUGGGCAAAGCCAGUCUAAUGACUGGAAGCAAAAUCCUAUAGCCACCAACAAACCCACUAAACCGGUGGACCCAAAACCGGCUAAGGCCACUUUGGCAGUGAGUCAUAGUUCCCGUAUAGAUAAUAAAGGUACGUUAUGGAGUAAGGUGACUCAAUUCCGAACUGAAAUUGAGUUAAGUAAUUUUUCAAAUCCGACUAUGAGGACUGGACUAGACUUCAAGUCCACGCAAUAACAUCAAGUCCGAGGCGAAGCCGAGCACAGGAUCAAAAUGUGAGGACUUGAAUUCUGGUCUAGUUCGAAUUGAAGAAGUUAAAAUGACAUCUUAUAUGAAUAAAUCACCACUUUUAAGUAGUGAGGUGAAUUAAUUUUGAUCCAGUCCAAGAACUGAAUUAAUUUCAAUCUAGUCCUAGGACUGGAUCAAUAUACUUCACCAGGUAUCCAGUAUUAUCAUGCGAGCAAAAUAAAGCAAUAUGCUAAUUUAGUCAUAUAUUAUUAAUAAAUAAUAAGUUUUAGAUUUGCAUUUUCCAUCUUUAAGAUCACUUUUCAUUACGGUUGUGUGAACGUUUUGUACUAUAUAUUGUGUUUUUUUUGUUUUUAUUAUUUAAUAUGCGCUAAAUCGUACAAGCAAAGUCGUGCUUUCAAAAAACUGCGAACAACCGUAUUAGGGCAUAUUUUGAGUAUUACAUUGAAAAUUAUUUUUAACGUUUGCAAACGUAUUUAAUAAGGUAUGCAAACGUUUUAAUACUUAUUUAUUUUAUUUAUUUAUUUAAUUCGCCUUGUACAUGUUACAUAGUGGCAGUUACAUAAAUGACACCAAUACACAUAUUAAACAACAAAGCAUAUAUAGUACUAACAGUUCCUGCAUACAGCACAAUAAUGACGUGUAUAAAUACUGCAUCUAUAGAGAUCAUAUAAAGUUACACAAACUUAGUUUCCUCGGCAGGCAUCCCCCUCAUUUUUGUAACACUAACUCUAAUAGUCUAAUACUACAACCAACUAAGGCGACACCUGCAUGCGGGGAAGGCAUGCAUAACAAGCAUCUUUUCCAUUUCAUGAUGUAGGAAGUCAAGGUGGCAAAUCCAAUCUAAAUCCAAACGCUUCAGCAUUCUCAACUUCUAGAAGUCAUUCGUCUUCAGCACCUAACAGUUAUUCCAAUGCAGUGACAGGAAACACGGGAAAAGGUUUGCUUUGUCUUUAUAACUAA